UGUAUGUAUGUAUGUAUGUGUGCUGUGUAUUAAGAGUAUAUACAUCGAUAUUUAAAUAAAUAUUUAAGUACAACUUCAAAGAAAUAUCACAAUGCGGCGGUAAUUUUUAAUUUAAUCUUUUGUCAACGAGAAUUUGAAUGAGGGUAAUUAAGCGAAAAAUAUUACAUGGAAAUUGUACAUUGGCAUAUAUUAUUUACUGUUUAUUUUAUUUUUAUAAUUUUCAUUGCAAAAUACUAUGCUCAAACUGAAAUAUAUGAGGAUUAUAAUUUUGAUCCUGAAUUUGAUUAUUCACAAUUAAGCAGUACUAUUGAAUAUGAAGGAACUAAUUAUUCUUCUCACACAAAAACUGUUAUACAUAAAACAUUAGAUAAAAAAGUUAAAUGCGAUGAGGACCAGAUAUUAUUUUAUUUGGCUAAACUACAAGUUAUUAAUCCAGAAAGUAUAUUAUUAAUUGCUUCAUACAAGGACAUUGAACAUUUUUGUAGGAAAAUAGUUGAAACUCUUGAUUCAAUUGAUAAUGUAAUGCAAACAUGUACACCUUUGCCAGAAGACCAUUUAUAUAUGCAACUUAUAGCAGGAUUAAGAGUACUCAGUAGUAAACUUUGUGUGUAUGAAAAUUAUCAAUCUAUAUUUAGAAAAUAUAUGAAGUGUUAUCAAGAACUCCACGAUGAAUAUUUGGACUGUGUAGGACCAACAGAUUGGACAGAAAAUAUGGAAAUACAUGAUCUGUGCGAUCAAUUCAAAGCUAUAUCUGAUUGUUACUAUACAUUAACUGCUGUAUUAUGUGGUAUCAAAGCUGCAAAAAUUCUUAAAGAACUCGUUGUGCAAGUUAUAACUGCUGUUAUUUGGACUAAUUGUCCUAAUGUAUACAAGGAUCCAGUUGUUUCAGAUCCCAUGCCAGAUCUUAUGAAUUCCAAGUCAUCUUGUAAUACUUCUAUCAAUUUUAUAAUUGUAAUAAUAUUUAUAAAUAUAUUAUAAAUUACAAUAUUA